AUGGCGUCGUUAGCAACGUCAAGCUGGAACAAUGUUUCCAUAGUUACGCUCGGUUUAGACAUCACGUCAUCGUAUGUAUACCUCGGUCUCAUCACUGAGCGUCAAUACUUUUACAUAGAGUGCUGUUCCCUGCUAGUCGUUGGGAUGGUGUCGCUGUUUGGUGGUGUGAGCAACGUCAUCAACAUUGUGACGUUCUUGUCUAUGGGCAUAGCCGAGUCCAUGACGGUGUUUCUGUUGCUGCUGGCUUUCUCCGACCUGGCGUAUCUCUUGGUCAUGUUCUUUAACACUGUGCUAUAUAUUCUCUACUUGGUUGAAAAGGUGAGCAAUUAUUCCACCUGGUUUUAUUUUAACCCCGACGGUGCCAGAACGUUCUGCGCUCAUACCAGCAACGUGUGCAACACGAUGAACAUUCUACUCACCAUGCACAUGGCGGUGGUCAGGUGUCUGGCAGUCAUACGACCGCUGCACUUCCGGAAUGUUCUCUCCGGAAAGAAGACACUCCCCAUCGUCAGUGUCUACCUGCUGUUCUCAUUGCUAACCUACAUUCCGAUCCUGGCUUUCAUGGGAAGAGACGUGACCUUCGACCCCAAGGUCAACGCUUCCAGACUGGUCACGUGGAUCUCGCCUCAGCGAGAGAAGGUCAAGAAUAUAAUCUGGCUUGUAAGAGACGCCAUUUUGCCUUUCGCGGCGCAGGUCAUUGUUAUAGCAUGUGUUGUGGUUAUGACUGUUGCUCUUAAGGCAUCGGCCCACUUCCGGUCAGCUAAUACAACAUCUGCAUCACACGCACAAGCUACUGCUACAUCACAAGUGCAACCAGCUACAGCAUCACAUGUGCAAACAGCUACAGCAUCACAGAACCAGACAGACAACACAGAGAUCAAAGACAACAUGAGACUACUACAGCGUUCAUCCAACCUGAGCCGUAAAGACGUCCACGUCAUUCAACAGCUGGUGCUGGUGUGUCUGGUGUUUGUGGUGUUCAACACACCGCGUGUUGUGUUCAGUCUGGCCUCACUAGCAGAAGACAAGUUCUCCCUGGGGGGCGUGUACCACUACCUGUACCUGACAGGUGCCUGCCUCGUCUUUUUAUUCCAGGUCCUCAACUCUAGCCUACACGUUUUUAUUUACUACAAGUAUAGCUCCACAUUUAGACAACAUUUCAUGGCCAAGUUCAUCUUUCAGAUAUAG